CCACCGGCCCCCAACAUCACCACUGGGUAAGAUAUAUUUAUUAUAGACCACCGGCCCCUGACAUCACCACUGGGUAAGAGGAGACUCUCAUUGAUGGUAAAGGAGAGAGCAGUAUUGGGGCCCCUAGAUCCCCCAUCAUCUGAUCAUCUACACAAUAUAUUCAGUCACUGUGUGUCUCCUACAGAUGGAUCCAGGAAGAGGAACCCACCAGAGAGAUGUCCUGCUCCUCUGCAUUCCCAGAACUGUCCGGGGGGAGAUGACAAUGUCCUAGAGGAUGAUCAGGAUGAAAAUCUCUUAGACCUUAAAAUUGAAGUUGUCGAAGAAGAAGAAGAAAUGGAUGUGAGGAGGGAUCGGCCGUGUAAGGAAGAGGACAUUCCUACUGAUAUUAGUCCAGAUGUCUACAGCGAAGACUCAGGACAAAGUUUCCUGUCAUCCAUAGAGUUUACCAGAGACGAAAGAAAAGCACAUUUAGUGGGACAGCAAAGAAUUCACACAGGGGAGAAACCAUUUUCUUGUUCUGAAUGUGGGAAAGGUUUUAUCAGCAAAUCAAAGCAAGACCAACAUCGUACAAUCCACACAGGAGAGAAGACAUAUUCAUGUCCCAAAUGUGGAAAAUGUUUUGCUCAGAGAUAUAUACUAGUCAAGCAUUAUAAGAUUCAUACAGGGGAGAGCCAGUUUUCAUGUUUGGAAUGUGGGAAAUAUUUUAUCAAUGACUCAACACUAGUACAACAUCAGAGAAUUCACACAGGAGAGAAGCCAUAUUCAUGUUUGGAAUGUGGAAAAUGUUUCACUAAGAAUUCCAAUCUAAUUGAACAUAAGAAAAUUCACAAAGGGGAGAAGCUGUUUUCAUGUUUAGUAUGUGGAAAAUCUUUUACCAAGAAAUCAACUUUAGUAGAACAUCAGAGGACUCACACAGGAGAGAAGCCUUUUUCAUGCUCUGAAUGUGGGAAACGAUUUACCAAGAAUUCAAGUUUAAUUCAACAUGAGAAAAUUCACACAGGGGAAAAGCUGUUUUCAUGUUCCGAAUGUGGGAAAAGUUUUACCAAGAAACAUGGUCUCGUUGCACAUCAUAAGGUUCACACAAGAGAGAAGCCAUUUUUAUGUUCUGAAUGUGAGAAAUGUUUUGUCCAGAAACGUGAUCUGGUUGAGCAUCAUAAAAUUCACACAGGGGAGAAGCCAUUUUCAUGUCCUGAGUGUGGAAAAUCUUUUACCCAAAAAUCUAAUCUUGUUAAACAUUACAGAAGCCACACGGGGGAGAGGCCCUUUCCAUGUUUGGAAUGUGGAAAACGCUUUACUCAUAAAUCGGAUCUUACACUUCACCAGAGAAUCCACACAGGGGAGAAACCAUUUUCAUGUUUAGAAUGUGGGAAAUGUUUUAUCACAAAAUCACGUCUUAUUAUUCAUCAGAGAAUCCACACAGGAGAAAAGCCGUUUUCUUGUACAGAAUGUGGGAAAUGUUUUACCCACCAGUCAGGUCUUAUUAUACAUCUAAAAGUUCACAAAGGAGAAAAAUUUUUUAAGUCAUUUAUUUGGGGGUUGUCCAGGAUUAACCCUUUGUUCAUGUUUGAAGUCGAUUACACAGUAGUGAAGAAGACAUCUGGAGAGUGUGUGGCCCCCAGCAGGUCAGGAGGAUGGAGCAGGGCCCGGGGCCCCAUCACGGAGCCUCCACCUCCCUCACUGAUACCUGAGAGGAACAAUGAGCAGAAGAUCCUAGAACUCACCCACAAGAUGAUGGAGCUGCUGACUGGAGAGGUUCCUAUAAGGUGUCAGGAUGUCACUGUCUAUUUCUCCAUGGAGGAGUGGGAGUAUAUAGAAGGACACAAGGAUCUGUACCAGGACAUAGUCAUGAUGGAGGACCACCGGCCCCGAACAUCACCACCGGAUGGAUCCAGGAAGAGGAACCCACCAGAGAGAUGUCCUGCUCCUCUGCAUUCCCAGGACUGUCCGGGGGGAGAUGACAAUGUCCUACAGGAUGAUCAGGAUGAAAAUCUCUUAGACCUUAAAAUUGAAGUUGUCGAAGAAGAUGAAGAAGAAGAAAUGGAUGUGAGGAGGGAUCGGCCGUGUAAGGAAGAGGACAUUCCUACUGAUAUUAGUCCAGAUGUCUACAGCGAAGACUCAGGACAAAGUUUCCUGUCAUCCAUAGAGUUUACCAGAGACGAAAGAAAAGCACAUUUAGUGGGACAGCAAAGAAUUCACACAGGGGAGAAACCAUUUUCUUGUUCUGAAUGUGGGAAAGGUUUUAUCAGCAAAUCAAAGCAAGACCAACAUCGUACAAUCCACACAGGAGAGAAGACAUAUUCAUGUCCCAAAUGUGGAAAAUGUUUUGCUCAGAGAUAUAUACUAGUCAAGCAUUAUAAGAUUCAUACAGGGGAGAGCCAGUUUUCAUGUUUGGAAUGUGGGAAAUAUUUUAUCGAUAACUCAACACUAGUACAACAUCAGAGAAUUCACACAGGAGAGAAGCCAUAUUCAUGUUUGGAAUGUGGAAAAUGUUUCACUAAGAAUUCUAAUCUAAUUGAACAUAAGAAAAUUCAUAAAGAGGAGAAGCUGUUUUCAUGUUUAGUAUGUGGAAAAUCUUUUACCAAGAAAUCAACUUUAGUAGAACAUCAGAGGACUCACACAGGAGAGAAGCCUUUUUCAUGCUCUGAAUGUGGGAAACGAUUUACCAAGAAUUCAAGUUUAAUUCAACAUGAGAAAAUUCACACAGGGGAAAAGCUGUUUUCAUGUUCCGAAUGUGGGAAAAGUUUUACCAAGAAACAUGGUCUCGUUGCACAUCAUAAGGUUCACACAGGAGAGAAGCCAUUUUCAUGUUCUGAAUGUGAGAAAUGUUUUGUCCAGAAACGUGAUCUGGUUGAGCAUCAUAAAAUUCACACAGGGGAGAAGCCAUUUUCAUGUCCUGAGUGUGGAAAAUCUUUUACCCAAAAAUCUAAUCUUGUUAAACAUUACAGAAGCCACACGGGGGAGAGGCCCUUUCCAUGUUUGGAAUGUGGAAAACGCUUUACUCAUAAAUCGGAUCUUACCCUUCACCAGAGAAUCCACACAGGGGAGAAACCAUUUUCAUGUUUAGAAUGUGGGAAAUGUUUUAUCACAAAAUCACGUCUUAUUAUUCAUCAGAGAAUCCACACAGGAGAAAAGCCGUUUUCUUGUACAGAAUGUGGGAAAUGUUUUACCCACCAGUCAGGUCUUAUUAUACAUCUAAAAGUUCACAAAGGAGAAAAGCCAUUAUAAUGUUAAAGGUUGUGGGAAAUAUUUGACCUGAAGAUUUUCAGCGGAGAAGCGGCUUACGUGUGAGGUCGGAGGACGACACUUUACCCAGAGAUCACUUCUUCACUUUAUAAUUCAUAUCGAUCUUUGUUUUUGUGAAUUCUCCACCAGAUUUUUUAAGUCAUUUAUUUGGGGGUUGUCCAGGAUUAACCCUUUGUUCAUGUUUGAAGUCGUAUUAUUUAUGUUAAUAUUACUCAUUACUAAUUAUUUAUGUCAAUAUUACUGAUUGCUGCUUAUUAUUUAUGUUAUUAUGACUUAUUCCUUAUUUAUGUUAACCCCUUAAGGACGCAGCUCAUUUUCACCUUAACCUGUUAAGGACCAAAGGUGUAAACUUACGCCCCUAGUCCCGCUCCCGUGAUAUAACGCGGGGUUACACGGUAACCCCACAUCAUAUCACGGUGGGCCCGGCGUCAUAGUGAAGCAGGGACCAGCUGCUAAUAGCGCGCGGCACUGAUCUGGCUAAAAGUGAAAGUAAAAGUGCCCGGUUAGCUCAGGGAGCUGUUCGGGAUCGUCGCGGUAUAAUCAUCCCGAUCAGCUGUAGCACAGGACGAGGUCUCUUACCUUCCUUCCUGCAGUCCGAUCGCCCAAUCAAUGAUUCAAGCCCGAGAUCACUGAUUGAUCCAUUCCUAUGGAGAUGCAUCAAUCAGUGGUAAAGAUCAGUACAUGCAAUGUUAUAGCCCCCCCUAUAGGAGCUAUAAUAUGGCAUAAGAAUAGUGUAAAAAAAUCAUUAACUCUUUCAAUUAUCCCUUCCCCUAAUAAAAGUUUGAAUCACCCGGCAUUUCAAAGAAUAAAAAAACAACUGUGUAAAUAAAAAUAAACAUAUGUGGUAUCGCCGCGUGCGGAAAUGUCCGAAUUAUAAAAAUAUAUCACUAAUUAAACCGCACGGUCAAUGGCGUACGCGCAAAAAAAUUCCGAAGUCCAAAAUAGCGUAUUUUAUGUCACUUUUUAUAUCAUGAAAAGAUUAAUAAAAAGCGAUCAAAAAGUCCGAUCAAUGCAAAAAUGGUACCGACAAAAACUUCAGAUCACGGCGCAAAAAAUGAGCCCUCAUACCGCCCCACACACGGAAAAAUAAAGUUAUGGGGUCAGAAGAUGACAAUUUUAAACGUAUAAAUUUUCCUGCAUGUAGUUAUGAUUUUUUCCAGAAGACAAAAUCACCUAUAUAAGUCGGGGAUCAUUAUAACCGUAUGGACCUACAGAAUAAAGAGAAGCGGUCAUUUUACCGAAAUAUGUACUGCGUAGAAACGGAAGCCCCCAAAAGUUACAAAAAGGCGUUUUUUUUUUCAAUUUUGUCGCACAAUGAUUUUUUUUCUGUUUCACCGUAGAUUUUUGGGCAAAAUGACUGAUGUCAUUACGAAGUAGAAUUGGUGGCGCAAAAAAUAAGCGUCAUAUGGAAUUUUAGGUGCAAAAUUGAAAGAGUUCUGAUUUUUUUAAAGGUAAGGAGGACAAAAAAAAGGUACGAAAAACGCCUGGUCCUUAAGGGGUUAAAGACGCAGCCCUUUUUUGUAAUUCUGACCACCGUCACUUUAAGCGUUAACUCUAAAACGCUUUUACCGAUUAUUCUGAUUCUGAGUGUUUUUUCGUGACAUAUUCUACUUUAUUUUGGUGGUAAAUUUUCAUCGUCACUUGCAUCAUUUCUUGGUGAAAAAUCACAAAAUGUCAGGAAAAUUUCGAAAAUUUUGCAUUUUCUAAAUUUGAAGCUUCUCUACGUGUAAGGAAAAUGGAUAUUUCCAAUAAAUGUUUGGGAUUUGAGAUCGGCGAUUUGCGCUGAUUCCGGGUCAAUUGGGUCCCUGGUGACCCUGAAAAGAAGGGUUAAAAGGUGCCACCCGAGACGGCGCCUAUCACCCAUUAGCAGCAGGACUGGGUACAGGUGCCACUUCACGAUCGUUCUGAUUGGGACUCCGGCUGUGGGGGGUUGUCCCUAACGGCAGCUGCUCCGCCCCUAUUCCAGAGAGCGGGUGCUGGGGGGCCCCUGAUAACAUAGAAUAUGUCCCGAAAAAACUAAAUCUCUGAAUCAUACUUAUUAUUCCUUAUUAUUUAUGUAAAUAUUCCUUAUUAUUCCUUAUUAUUUAUGUUAUUACUUAUUAUUUAUGUAAAUAUUCCUUAUUAUUCCUUAUUAUUUAUG